GCCGCCCCUCCUCCGCCGCCCGCCUUCCCCCGCGCAUGGCGCUGAGCGCGGCAGCCCCCGGCUCCGCACGUAAGUAACGGCCCCGCCGCGCCUUUGUGCGCGGGCCCGCCGCAGGUGAGGGGCUGCACCGGUCGUCUGGCGCUCUCGGCCGCGCCCCUGCCGGGCACCGGGCACAGGGGGGAGCCCGGUCAGAGCGGCCGCGGCCCGGCCCGGGGGCCCGGCUCGUCGGAGCCCCGGCUCGUCGGAGCCCCGGGGCCGGGGGAGGUGCCCUGGGGCCGGGCCGGGCCGUGGCGGCGCCUCAGGGCUGCGCUCUGCCCCGCGCAGGUGGCGGCGCGAGCGCGGCUCGCGGUGACUCCCCCGGGCCGGGGCGGCGGCGGGCGCUGAGCCCUCGGCCCGGAUGGAAAGUGGGGGUGAUGCCAGAGCGGCACUUCUGCGGGGCGGCAGAGGCGGCGGCCGUGGCGGGGUUCCAGCGGCUGCCGAGCCCGGCGCUCCCCCGGCCGCGGAGACCGGCGUGAACAUGGAUGGGCCCGGCGGCGGGGGGAGCGGGGCAGCCGCAGACACGGACGCUGCUGCAGCGCCGGCAGCCCCUGGGGCCCCCACCCCGCCGCCUCGCGGCCCCGGCUCCAGGGACCCCAAGCUGGUCCAUCAGCGGUUCCUGCGGAGGAGCGUGGUGGACUCGGACCAGGAGGAGCCCGCCUUCGACCUGCCCGAGGCGGAGCACCAGCGGAGAAUCAUCCUGCUCCCCAAAACCAGGAGGAUAAUCGCGGAGCGGGCGAAGGCGGGGCAGGGGGCGGCGGAGGCGGCGGGCCGGGAGGCCGAGUGCUCCGGGGAGCCGCGGGCAGCGCCGGCCGCGGGCAGCACCGCGGGCGCCGAGGAGCCGAAGGAGCCAGGCAAGGAUGCGGAGCGGAGAGAGACGCAGGAUGCUGCCAAGGACCAGGGCAAGGCUAAGAAAGAGGAGCCGGAGGAGGAAGCUGAUAUGAAAGCGGUUGCCACCUCGCCCGAUGGCAGGUUCCUAAAGUUUGAUAUUGAACUCGGGCGGGGAUCCUUCAAAACGGUCUACAAGGGUCUGGACACGGAGACGUGGGUGGAAGUCGCGUGGUGUGAACUGCAGGACAGAAAACUCACAAAAGUAGAGAGGCAGAGAUUUAAAGAGGAAGCAGAAAUGUUGAAAGGUCUGCAGCACCCAAACAUCGUGAGGUUUUAUGACUUCUGGGAAUCCUGUGCAAAAGGCAAAAGAUGCAUCGUGCUGGUUACCGAGCUGAUGACCUCUGGAACGCUGAAGACGUAUCUGAAGAGGUUUAAAGUAAUGAAACCUAAAGUCCUGCGGAGUUGGUGUCGGCAAAUCCUGAAGGGUCUUCUUUUCUUACACACAAGAACUCCACCAAUAAUUCACAGAGACUUGAAAUGUGAUAAUAUUUUUAUUACUGGACCAACUGGAUCUGUGAAAAUAGGAGACUUGGGUCUGGCAACACUCAAAAGAGCUUCAUUUGCCAAAAGUGUCAUAGGUACACCAGAGUUCAUGGCCCCGGAAAUGUACGAGGAACACUAUGAUGAAUCUGUGGAUGUCUAUGCGUUUGGAAUGUGCAUGCUGGAAAUGGCUACCUCAGAAUACCCUUACUCAGAAUGCCAGAAUGCUGCUCAAAUCUACCGGAAAGUAACCUGUGGUAUAAAGCCAGCAAGCUUUGAGAAAGUUACUGAUCCUGAAAUUAAAGAGAUAAUUGGGGAGUGCAUCUGCAAAAACAAAGAAGAAAGAUAUGAAAUUAAAGAUUUAUUAAGCCAUGCCUUUUUUGCUGAAGAUACUGGGGUAAGAGUGGAACUUGCAGAAGAAGACCAUGGUAGGAAAUCCUCUAUUGCCUUAAGACUCUGGGUAGAAGAUCCUAAGAAACUGAAAGGAAAACCCAAAGAUAAUGGAGCCAUUGAGUUUACUUUUGAUCUGGAGAAGGAAACUCCUGAUGACGUUGCACAAGAAAUGAUUGACUCAGGCUUUUUCCACGAGAACGAUCUCAAGAUCGUGGCCAAGUCCAUCCGUGACCGAGUGGCGCUGAUCCUCUGGAGGAGGGAGCGCAUCUGGCCCAGGAUGCAGCUGGAGGAGCGCCGCGACUCGGAGUGCCUGGACAAGCUGAAGGCACCGCAGGCCCAGCAGGUCCAGGUCACCUACCUGUCCCACACGGGCCACCACAUCCUGUCGGAGCCUGAGGAGCCGGAGGCGGACCAGCACCCCUUCCAGCAGAACCUGCCCACCAGCGUCACCUCUGUCGCCUCUGACAGCACGUUUGACAGUGGCCAGGGUUCCACAGUUUAUUCGGACUCACAGAGCAGCCAGCAAAGCGUCAUCUACUCGUCCCUGCCAGACACUGUCCCUCCUGCCAUCCAGAGGGUGUACAGCCCCCCCCUGAGCGAGGGCCAGCCUGUGCCACACAGCCUCCCCCAGCUCGGCCACUACCAGCAGCCCUCGGCGCCCGUCCUGCCUGCGGUGCCAGCCACGCCCGCUGUGGUGCCCCAGCACUACCAGGAGCCGGCGAUGCCGUUCCCUGUGGUCCCCAGCACCGUGGCCUCGCUCCCGCUGGGGCAGCCGCCGCCCGUGCUGGCCGGCCAGCAGCAGCAGCCCAUCUCGCAGGCAGCCUCCCUGCAGCAGGUGCUCGGCAGCCAGCCCGUGUGCCCGCUGCCGCCAGCCCCCCACCUGCUGCCGCCGUUCCCGGCACAGGGCUCGCAGGUGCCCGCCAGCAGCACCCCGCUGAAGCCCCUGCAGAUCCCCACCGUGCCGCAGCUCCCGCCCGUGGCCCCUUCCCAGAUUCCUCAGUUUCCUGUCAUUCCUGCAAUUACUCCUCUGGCAGGGCUCGACAGCCUUCCUCCAAACCUGUCUGACAUACCUGCUGCGAACGUGCCCCCCAUUCCUGCUCCCUCCCAGUACUUUGCUCCGGCUGUGAUCCUGCCCAGCCUGCCCAUGAACCCCACGCUGCCCAUGGCACCCAACUCCCCCGCCCUGCCCAUGCAGGCCGUCAACCUGCCUCACACCACCGUGGCUUCUCUGGUCCUGCCCUGCCAGCCCAUCGUGCCAAACAUGCCGGCGGCCACCAUCCCGCUGCUGGCGGUGGCACCGCCGGGGGUGCCGCCGCUGCCGCCGCAGCCCGUGUUCCAGCCCGCCUUCCAGCCGCUGCUGCCCGGCGACGCGCCCUCGCCCCACCACACACAGAGCUCUCAGCCCGUGUCCCAGGCACAGCCACCUCCUCCAGCCCUGCAGCCGAGCGUGAUCCACCCUCCUGAGCCAGCUCACCAGCCCAUGCCUGGACACACUCAGUUUGCUCUGGAAGCUGGAGCCCAGGUGCCCGUGCUGCCAGUGCAACCCUCCAUGGUCAUGUCGCCGCCGUUGCAGCUGCAGCCGGAGCUGGUGCCGCCCUGCGUCGCUCCCGAAGGCGUUCCCCAGGUCCAUGGCAGCCUUGCCACGGCUGCCCCGCCCGCCCCCAUAGAGCCUGGCCUGCCUCUCCCGCCCUCUGCUCUGCUGCAGCUCCAGCCUGAUCUUUCCCAGCCACUGGGCCAGCAGCUCCCAGCUCCCUGCUCGGCUGUCGCAGCAGGCACAGAGACUUCUCAAGAGGAGCAGGCAAUACAGGACAAACUCCAAGCUCUGUCCCAGAGUUGCGAAAGCUACAUGAGUCCAGAUGUUGCCUCUGGUAAAGAGAUGAGUGACAGCUUGGAAGGAGCAACAGGAAGUGGAAAGCAAGAAGGAAAGUCUUCAAAGAAGCAUAAGAAAUCCACGCGUGCUCGUUCACGCCAGGAGAAGUCCAGCAGACCCAAACUGACCAUACUAAAUGUGUGUAACACAGGGGAUAAGAUGGUGGAGUGCCAGCUUGAAACCCAUAACCACAAAAUGGUGACGUUCAAGUUUGACUUGGAUGGUGAUGCGCCGGAGGAAAUUGCUACUUACAUGGUGGAGAAUGAAUUCAUCUUGCAAAGUGAAAAAGAGACUUUUAUUGAGCAAAUGAAGGAUAUCAUUGAUAAAGCAGAAGAUAUGCUCAGUGAGGAUACAGAAGGAGAGCGAAGUUCUGACCAGGGAAUAAGUCCCCAACAAGAUGCAGAUAGGCUGGAAAUAAGCGAGGAGAAGCGUCAGUCUCAAAUGAAGACACCUGUGUAUCAGCAAAACGUUUUGCAUACUGGAAAAAGGUGGUUUAUUAUUUGUCCAGUGGUGGAAAACCCUACUACAGAUGCCCCUGAGUUUUCUCCCCCGGUGCCUCCCAGUGCCCAGCAGACAGAAGGGCCAGACCCGGAGCAGGCAGAUGACCAGCCGGUGAGCUCUGCAGUGACAGAGGCACCCGGGCUUGGGGCUGGCCAGCAGCUUCCCCUGCACACAGGGGCCAGUGACAGCCCCCUUGGAGCCACCCCGUCCUUGGCACCAGCUCCUGCCAGCAUAGCAAGCCAGCCGGAGUUCCCAGCGCCAGCCCCGCCGGCAUCUGCCCCGAGCAUCGCGGAGCCCGCUGCGGCCAGCGGGGGUCAGCCGGAGUUCCCCCGAGCCGUGGGGCUGGAGGAGCCCCCCGAGGCCCCGGCCCUGCACCUGCAGCCGCAGGCGGACGAGCCGGCAUGUGUGCCCGACGUGGAGAUCGCCUGCUGCAGCGUGGGGCCGCCCGCGGCCGUGCCCGCGGCGCCGGGGCCGCUGCCCGCGCUUGCGGACGCCGCGGUGCUGGAGCGGCAGCCGGCGCCGCAGGGGCCGCACCUGCCCGAGGGCGGCCAGCCCUUCCCCCCGGCCGCCGGCCCCGACGCCCUGGGCUUGUCGGGGUCCCAGCUCCAGAGCCCCACGCAGGUGCCGCUGGCCGCGUCCCAGCAGCCGCCGGUGGCGCAGGGUGGCGCGGGGAUGGCCGGGGCAGGGGUCAGCCUGCUCCAGCAGCAGAACCCCCCCGGCACCGCCGAGUCUGACAGCGAGGGCCCCCCCAGGGUGGACUUCGUGGACAACACAAUUAAAAGCCUUGAUGAGAAGCUGCGCAAUUUGCUGUACCAGGAGUACGUUCCAACUUCUUCGGCGUCAGCAGGGACGCCGGACACCUCCGUGCCACCCGAACAGGGCGACAGUGAACUUACCUUAUCCCCGUUUCCUGAAGAGCAAGCUCCUGCCCCAGCGUUGGAUGGGAGAGAACCAGGCAUCCCAGACACCGGCCAGGAGGUGAAAGCUGCUGCCGCGCUGCUGGUGCCCCUUGUGCCCUCGGAGGGCUUGCCUUGCCCCCCACUGUUGAACAAGCUGGAAGUCACUGGUGUGAGCGCUCAUCCCUCAGAGGCAAGAGGUCCAGUCACAAGCAUCGCUUCAGCUCCUGCUGCUCCAGCAAAAGGCCUCCUUCAGGUUGCACCUCCAUCAUCAGGCACAGCUCCACAGAUGGAGACUUUCCAGAGGAGCGAGGAGGCAAAGAGUACAGCUUCGCCCGCACACACAGGGAGCGUAAUGCGGCGAGCGACGGCAGAUGGGGCGAUGAGUAACUUCCACAGGGAUGGCUCUCCGGGCUCUGGUUCCUGUGGAAAACAGGCUGAGGCUCUGGAGAGUGGCACGCCGGCCAAAACCAUUGGCAGGUUUUCAGUCAUCAGCACGCAGGACGAAUUAACUUUAGCGGCACCGCACUGCUUGAGGUUCUCGGCCCCGCCGGACGUGUACCUGGACGAGCUGCCCUCCAGCCCAGACAUGAAGGCUGCUGUCCGCAGGGUCCAGACGGCCUCUUCUGUGGACGUCCUGUGCGACCAGGCCUCGAGCGACUCCGCCGAUGAGCCCUUCCCACGGCAGCCGGCGGCUGCUGCAGCUGCACAGCUCUCCCCCCCCAGCAGCAGCACAGCCACGGACUUAAUCAAAAAAGCAGCUGCUUUUCUGCAGAGGUCUGCCAAAGGUGGCUCCCCUGGCCCGGAGUCGCCCAAUGGGCAAGGUGCGAAGAUUCCUACCAUCAACAUCACGUCCUUCCACUCACAGUCGUCCUACAUGAGCAGUGACAAUGACUCAGAGUUUGAAGAUGCUGAUAUGAAGAAAGAAUUGCAGAACCUGAGAGAAAAGCAUAUGAAAGAGAUUGCUGAGCUGCAGACGCAGCAGAAGAACGAGAUAGAGGCACUGUAUAUUCGCCUGGGGAAACCCCUUCCUCCCAACCUGGGCUUCCUUCACUCUGCCCCACCAAGCAGCCGACGCCGAAGAACCAGCAAAAACAAAUUGAAAGCUGGAAAACUCUUAAACCCUCUGGUCCAGCAGCUCAGGAGUGGAACAUCAAGCACAAGUAACCUUUCAGACUCUAAAGACUCACCCCACAAAGAAAGCAGUAACUCACAGCCGGGCUUCCCCGAAGCCGCCGCGGUGCCUGCGGGUGCAGCCCCUGCCUUCGGCAAGGCUGUGCAGACGCAGCAGCCCUGCUCUGUCAAAGCCUCUCUGUCCUCUGACAUCUGCUCCGGCCUGGGCCCCGACGCAGCUGACGCCAACACAGGCUCUGGCCAAGGCUGGACGGUUUUCCACCAAACGUCUGAGAGAGUGACCUAUAAAUCUAGUAGCAAACCUCGUACCAGAUUCCUCAGUGGACCUGUGUCUUUGUCCAUCUGGUCCACCUUGAAACGACUAUGUCUAGGCAAAGAUCACAGUAGUAGAUCCUCGACCAACAGCCUGGUGACAUGUCCUGAGCCCCUCCCACAGUCAACGCUGCAGGUUCAGGCCAACAACAGUAACAACAAGAAAGGGACGUUCACAGAUGACCUGCACAAGCUGGUGGACCAGUGGACGAGCAAAACUGUUGGAGCUGCACAGACAAAACCUUCUUUAAACCAACUGAAGCAGAACCAAAAAAGGCAAGACAUGGAGCCAAAGGCUAACCCCAUGCAAACGCAGAAUGAGACAUGUGGAGUAAGUUCGGUAAGGACAGGACUGGGGAGCAAGUGCCCCGUUCCAGUGGCUUGCCCCAUGCCCUCAGGAUUAGCUCCUGGAGCCGCGCCGUCCCUGCCAGUGCCCGUGCCGGGGCCCGCCCUGGCUGGCGCGGUGACACCGUACGUGAUGCCUCUCUGUCAGUACGGAGCCGUGUUCCCUUCGCCUGUGUACGGAGUGCCGUGGCCGGGGCCGGUGGCGCAGCCGGGGCUGGUCCGAGGGCCCGGCAUCGUUCGCUUCUCGCCGCUGGGCCGGAGCUGCCUGCGGAUGUACCCGGUGCCGCUGCAGCGCCCGGCCCGGCCGGCCGGCCCGCGGCUGCGCAUGACCUAGCGCGGGGCCCUGCCGCGGGGACCCGGGCCUGAGGGACUCUGCCAGGGGGUGGCCUUGCCGCGGGGACCCGGGCCUGAGGGACUCUGCCAGGGGGUGGCCUUGCCGCGGGGACCCGGGCCUGAGGGACUCUGCCAGGGGGUGGCCUUGCCGCGGGGACCCUGCCCUGGGUUUUGAUGCCGUCGUGUUGGAGUGUUUGCUCUGUACGUGCCGUGCUCUGUGUGGGAUGAGGCAGGGCCCCGGGCACGGCCGUACCCUGCAUCAGCAAUCACUGUGAGGCGGCAUCACCACAGAUCGUUUGUUGUCAAGGCAAUACCUGCUUCUGUCCCGUUGCUGAAGACACUUUAUUCCUUGUGUUCUGUUUCACACUUGUGAUCCUUAACAUCAUUGUACUUGAACUGAUAAUUAGCAAAUUGUACUAACCCUGCAGGAGUUCAGUGCCUUGAAUCUCAGCUUUCCAGUCCCAGCUGGAAAGAGAUGUACAAUUAUUUGAAAGGUGUAUUUUAUUUACAAUCUGCUUGAGAGUUGGAGGUAUUUUUAUUUGCAAAGAUAUUGCAGGUUUACAGUUGAUGUUCCUCAUCAGCUUCCUUCUGCUGUAAAUGCUUUGUUUUUAUUCACGGGUUGAAUUUUCAUUUCUGAAGCUUUUAGAAAUAAGAAUUGUGAGGUGAGGUUUCUUUGACAUGCUUGUUUGAUGCACUGAUCGUAAAAUUGUUGGUGUUUGUACAAGGAGUAGUGAAGUGCACGCUGUAAUGUAAGAGCUUCUACAGAGUGAUCCAAGGAAGGUGUGUGCAAGGACAGGGGAGCAGCUUCAGGCAGCGCUCUCCGUUCUCCUUCCCAGCCUGUGGCAAAGACAUUGUAGAUGAUGACUUAAUUCUGUAACAGGCAGCAAAUGCUGUUUUCCUCUGGAUCAGCAGCACACUGGAUUUCAUUUCCUUUCCCUGUGUCGUGGGCUUUUAUAAUUUAGUUAAAUCACAAGCUUUUGCAUGUUCCAUAAGUGAAGACAAGUACGUGGAACUGUUGAUUCUGGCAGACCGUGUCGGCACGUGGCUGUGAGCCCCGUGUGAGCAGAGCACGCACACAUGUCCAGAUUCUGCUCCAGCCCCUGAGCUUGACGGUGAUGUCUGGUCCCUGGUGUGCCAGCUGUGUUCAUGCUAAAACAGAAUAAAAAUGUCAAGCUGUUCUUUUUCGUAUCUGACACUCCAGGUUUAGUGUCUCACUGCCUUCUGUUUGUAAUGAUUUAUUUAUUUAUUUAUCUUUAUUUUUACCCAAGUUUGCACUCCAGGUGGCACGGACACCUCUCUCCUGUUCGAAAGUUGCUUUUUUCCUAUUUUACUGUGCACAGAGCCUCCACCUACACUUAGUGUAAAGGCACAAGGUAACCACUAAAGCUGGUUUGCCAUGGUAAGUCUCCUUCCUUCCCUGAGUGCUACAGGCAGCACUACAGGCACAGGACCCAGGUGUGGCCACAGCCAAAUGCCCCACAAUGACAUUUUGUAGCCCUCUGCUGAGGAGCAGAGACAUCCUGUGCUGCCAAGCUGUGAAUUGUAUAGUUCUAUUGUACUUCAAGCAUUAUACCGGUCUAAAUUACUUUGUUUGUACCCUUUGAAUAUAUUAUUCCAUCAAUUCAGUUAGAAUUGAAUUUAUAGACAAUUAUGCAGAGUCUUCUGCCUGGGCAAAAUACUUACUGCAGUAAGAGAUUUCUGUUCUCUGUACCAUGUAUCUUUAAUUUGUUUGGGUUUUUUAGAUUCAUGUCUGUAUGCUUCAUGAGCAAACAUGGAAAAUAUGUUCUCACACCGGGUUCCCUUUGGCUCACACUGAUUCCUACAGUUUAUGUUGCUAUUGCCUGUAUAGUCCAUCCCUUGUAUACUGACAAAGUCAGUGGCACUAAAAGCCCCAAGAAAUUGUAUAGAUUAAAAAGAAAAAUAAACAUUUUGUGCUUGAAAA